GCGUAGAAACUUCACAACUUGCCCGAUUUACUGUUAAUAGCUAUAAUUUACAGCUUAAUUUGCUUAUUCGUAACGGAAAAUUUAAAUUCAAAAUCACGAAGCGUUUUCCAAGCGUUUCAUCGCAAGCGUUUCGCACACGAGAUCGAUUGCUUCGGUUGACAGUUGUAAACAUAAACAAAACAUUUUACCGUGUUAUGCACAGCAAAUGGGUACUCGCGUAUGCUCACUUUCUAACAUAUGCAGAUUUUGUCUCUGCUUGGAACAGGAAAAGCUAUUACCAUUCUCGACAUUAAUCGAUAAUGCACUUACCGUACAGGAUAUACAACAGCUAACUGGCAUACAGAAUCUAGAAGAAAACACUUCUCCGUACGUAGUGUGUGAAGAUUGUGAUGAAACGUUAAAUAAGUUUGUAACGUUUCGUGACAGCUGCUUAAAGAAUGAUAUAACGUUUUGGCGGAUUUGUACGAAGCUAAGCGAAGACGGGACAAUCGACACAAGCCACGAAGAUGUGCAGAACGAUGGCACGGAAACGAAAACGUACACCAUUCUGUUCGAUAGCUGUGACAGUGAAAAUGAAAAUAUCGAAGCUACGGCUAGACAACGGCCGCAGCUGAAAAGGAAACGAAAACAUGUAAUAUCAGAAGACACCGGCAAGAAGCUUUGUGAGCUGUGCGGUAGUUUCGUUUCGGAGCUUGGUGCACACCGGCGCAUACACACGAAGGAAACUCCGUACAUCUGUUCGUACUGUGGUAUCAGUAUGACACACAAUUCGAAUUUACUACGCCAUAUCGACUCAGUGCACUUAAAGCGUAUAAUUAAGCGGUGCGAAGAAUGCGACAAAGGUUUUACGAGCUAUUUUAGCUACGGUUCACACAUGCGAUCUCACCACUCAACCGAGAAGAAAUACGAAUGUAAAACGUGCUUCAAGCGAUUUAGUCAUCAUAGUAGCCUAUGGUUACACAAUAUAAGGGCACACAUGGAUGAAAGAAAGUUCAAAUGCACCAUUUGUGGUCUGUCGUGGAAAACAAAGGAAUCACUCAAAACACAUGAACGAUCACAUUCGUCGGAACGACCGUUCACUUGUCAGCAUUGUUCCAAAGCGUUCAAAACUCGUUACGGUUGGAAGUCGCAUGAGCUAACGCACUCUGGCGUUAUAUUUAGUUGCCAGUUUUGUGACAAAACCUUUCGUUACAAAACACUCAUCAAUGCACAUGUUCGUAACGCUCAUCCGGAUGAGAGUCAAACAACGAAAUGACCACUAAAUCACUAAAUAACAAUCCUUACCUUCUUGCGGAACCGCUGUCUGCCAGUCAGUAAGGACAUGGCGAGCAUCUUCACCACCAAUACAGCCACCCAAA